AGACCCAAUGAAAAGAUAAAGGAGGUGAAGCAUUAGCAAAACACACUUAAAAAGGAUUUGUUGUUGCUUUGGAUUAAGGAUUUUUCAGUUCAAUCACAAUGAUGGGCAAGUGUUGGCUACCAACUGCACUUCUUCUCAUUUUCAGUGCGACUGCACUGUGCUCGGGCAGAGACUUGGCAACCGAUGUAGAAGCCGCGCACACGGACCUUCUUCUCUUGAGCGCCAGCAGCUCUUCUAUUUUCUUCCGCACAAAUGACAUUAAGAUGCUUUACAGCAAUGAAUUCCUCACGGCAGUGUCCGAUAUUGCCACCAAGUUUAGCGAAAUGGGCGUUGACAUAGCCAUCAUCGACAAAUUCGUUGCCGACAUGAACCAAACAGAGCAGAGCGCCAACAAUCUUUUGCAGUUGCAACUCAACACGUUCCAGGGCUACGAAGAGCGGGUGCACACCUACGAGGAGAACCUGCUCACCAACUUGCCUCUGAUUCCGGAAAAUCUGGUGCAGCUGCGCAAAGACACCGACACUUCAUCGUCGAUUUACAUGGCCGUCGACAACAAUCUCAACACCUACAUCAAUUUCUUCCAAACCGAGGUCAACGCGGUUCUCGCCAAUGAGAAUGGACCGACCGUUGAGGAAGUCCAAGCCCUCCUGCAAAGCGUUGUUGACCAAGAGAGCCAAGCCAGAGUUAGCCUAACCGCUGCUAAGGCCCAAUUUGACGAGCGAUUCGUCUCAGCAGACGCCUCUUUGGCACUUGUUGCUGGCCAAGUAUUGUAAUAAAAAAGAUUAAAUUUACUCCGUCAUUAAAA